GUAACCUGUACAGAAAAGGUAAGUUAACCUAUCAAACUUUUUUUAUAAAAGUGACGUGAUAAUAAGGGACCACAUUCAUUGUAUCCAAUAACGUAUAUGUUGUGUGUUAUUAUAAUUUCAGAAUAAAGCAUGGGAAGACAUGGCUGCCAGGUACAAUUGUACGACAAUACAACAUAGGACUGUCAAGGAUUUGAGACAAAAGUGGGAGUCCUUGAAGAGGGAAGCGAUGAAAGAUGCCGCAAUGCGUCGCCAAGCACUCCUUAAAACCGGAGGUGGACCAUCUGUGGAAAUUAAAGUAAAUCCUGCUGCGGAGCAGGUUAAGGAAAUACUUCAGCUCUCUGCAGAUGGAAUGGAGAGUGUUUUCGAUUGUGAUAGGAUAACUGAUGCUGCACCAGUUCCAGCUCCAGAGCAGGAAAACAUGCCAGCAGUAAAGGUGGUAUGCAUGGGACCAGAUGUGACUGAAGUGGAUGGCAAAGAGAUUUCCUGUGAAAUGGUUGAAAUGCUGGAUAUCGACGUCGAUGAUCCUGAGACCUAUGCUUCAGAAAUGUUUGAAACAGUUCCAGGAGGAAGCAGUGACUGGUCAUCAUACAAGCCUGCGAUGUUGAAAUCUGGCAAAAAUAAGAAAUUGAAAAGAAAGAUAGCUGCAGUAAUGCAAGAAGAGGGUGAACUACCACCUGUAAAUGGUACCAGCCACACCCAAACAGCAAAAUGCAUGGAACAGGAGACACGCAGAUCAGCAGCAGUCUCUUUAAAUGGGGAGCGGCUCAGUGGCUGGGCCACUGAAAAGAAAAACCUAGCCUGUUUGCAGCAACAGCUGCUGUGGAAAGAGCAUUGCACAAGAGAGAAACGGGAGUCAGAAAGGCAUGAAAUAAAUAUGCAGCUGAAGAAAAAAAAAUUGUACUAUUAGAGACUGAGUUGAAAAUCAAAGA